UCCUUGGUAACCCGUAUGGAGGCUAGUUUACCCCAUGUGUUUGAAGUCGCGCGGCUUUUAACGGUGAAAGCAGGUGGUUGAUGUGGGAGCGAGUUUCCUCGCUUGCGUAAAGCUUUGUUAUAACAGAUAAAGCCAUGAACAUCGAGGAGGUGAAAAGCACAACAAAGACUCAGCGCAUUGCCGCUCACAGCCAUGUGAAAGGACUCGGACUGGACGAAGCCGGCUAUGCUAAGCAGACUGCAUCUGGUCUUGUGGGCCAGGAAGCCGCCAGAGAGGCCUGUGGCAUCAUUGUUGACAUGAUUCGUUUGAAAAAGAUGGCUGGCCGUGCGAUCUUACUGGCAGGACCACCAGGAACUGGAAAGACUGCUUUAGCAAUGGCCAUGGCACAGGAGUUGGGGAAUAAGGUACCGUUCUGUCCCAUGGUGGGCAGUGAAGUGUAUUCAUCAGAGAUCAAGAAGACAGAGGUACUGAUGGAGAACUUCAGGAGAGCUAUAGGACUGCGAAUUAAAGAGACUAAGGAAGUGUAUGAAGGUGAGGUGACUGAGCUGACCCCAUCAGAAACAGAGAAUCCAAUGGGCGGUUAUGGCAAAACUAUCAGUCAUGUCAUCAUCGGCCUAAAGACAGCAAAAGGCACCAAACAGCUGAAACUCGAUCCCAGUAUCUAUGAGAGCCUGCAGAAGGAGAAAGUGGAGGUUGGUGAUGUCAUCUACAUUGAAGCAAACAGUGGAGCAGUAAAGAGACAAGGACGCUGUGACACAUUUGCAACAGAGUUUGAUUUAGAGGCUGAAGAAUACGUUCCAUUACCCAAAGGAGAUGUACACAAGAAGAAGGAGAUUAUACAAGAUGUCACAUUACACGACCUGGAUGUAGCCAAUGCACGUCCUCAGGGAGGUCAGGACAUCCUUUCUAUGAUGGGUCAACUAAUGAAACCAAGGAAGACUGAGAUCACGGAUAAGCUACGAGGGGAGAUUAACAAGGUGGUGAACAGGUACAUCGAUCAAGGUGUGGCAGAACUUGUACCUGGUGUCCUGUUUAUCGAUGAGGUUCACAUGCUGGAUAUUGAUUGUUUCACUUACCUGCACCGAGCUCUGGAGAGCUCAAUCUCCCCAAUAGUAGUGUUUGCAUCCAACCGAGGAAACUGUCUCAUCAGAGGGACAGAGGAUAUUAACUCUCCUCAUGGGAUACCUCGUGAUCUGCUGGAUCGAAUUAUGAUCAUCAAAACUAUGCUGUAUACUCCUCAAGAAAUGAAACAGAUUAUUAAGAUUCGAGCUCAGACAGAGAGCAUAAACAUCAGCGAGGAGGCUUUAACUCAUCUGGCAGAGAUCGGGACUAAGACCACUCUCAGGUAUGCGUUACAGCUCUUAACUCCUGCCAAAGUGCUGGCACGAGUUCAGGGGAAAGAAGUUGUAGAAAAAGAACAAGUGGAAGAAACUAAUGAGCUCUUCUAUGACGCCAAAGCUUCAGCAAAGAUCCUUCAGGACCAGCACACCAAGUUCAUGAAGUAACUUCAUCAGCACUCGCUUUUUUUUUCUGUUUCACGGUUUCAGCUCAGCUUAAACUCUUCAGGCAGAAUAAUAUGCAGGAUGGCAAAGCCACACUGCCACAGUAACAGUACAAUGUUACAAUAUUAGGGAAAUUGUUCUAUAAAAACAAUAUUUAAUAAUAAUAUUUUUCCUAGGGAGUUUUACUGGAUGUUUGGAUCCUUUAUGAUUGUAGGAUGAUUUUUUUUUUCAUGUUAAAAAACUGUUAAUGUGUUUUGUUUUCAAAAAAAAAAUCUUUUGUAAAUUCUUUUUUUUUUUUUUACAAACUUAAUGUUUUUGUUUUACAGAAAAUACAUUUGAAUUAUUAAACAACGUCUUUCCUGUUUUUCAUAUUUUGUUUUGC